AUGCAGGGGAGACAGUUGAAGUUCAUUCUAACACUGCAACUUCUGUUUCCUGAUGUCCCAGGGCUUGGAAAUGAAGACCCCAGAGAUUCACAGCUGAGACUUGUCUUACUGGGUAAGACUGGGGCAGGAAAAAGUGCAACAGGAAACAGCAUCCUCGGAAAGAAAAUGUUUCCUUCCGGCUUUUCAGCAGUAUCCAUCACCAAGUCCUGUAAGAAAGGAAACAGCACCUGGAAGGGGAGAAAACUUAUCGUUGUGGAUACGCCUGGCGUGUUUGACACCGAGAUACAGGAUGCUGACACUUGCAGGGAGAUUGCUCAGUGCAUGGUCCUGACCUCCCCAGGGCCUCACGCUCUGCUCCUGGUCAUCCCACUGGGCCGUUACACACCAGAAGACCACAGAGCCACAGAAACGAUCCUGAAAAUGUUUGGAGAGAGAGCUAGGAGACACAUGAUUCUCUUAUUCACCCGGAAAGAUGACUUGGAAGGCACCGAUUUCCAUGAUUACUUAAAGCAGGCUCCAAAAGGCAUUCAAGAGCUGAUGGGCAAGUUCAGAGAUCGCUACUGUCUGUUCAACAACAGGGCGACAGGAGCUGAGCAGGAGGCCCAGAGGGAGCAGCUGCUGGCCCUGGUCCAGUGCGUGGUUGAGGAGUGCAAAGGAAAAUGCUUCACGAAUGACAUGUAUCAAAAGGCAGAGAACGAGAUCCAGAGACAGGUCCAAGUGAUACAAGAAAAUUACAGAGCAGAGUUAGAGAGAGAGAAAGCACAGAUAAGACAGGAGUAUGAAGAAAAAAUCAGAUUCCUGGAGGAUGAACUAGAAAAGCAAAAGCAAAUGGAGCAAAUGAGGAUGAAAUUGGCACAAAAGGAGGCUCUCUGUGUUUCAAAGCAGCAAAAUGCCAGAGAUGAAGUUGAAGAUCAGAAUGGGAUAUUUGAAUUCAUCUGCAGCAUGUUGAAGUCUGUUUCCCGUGUUUUCUCUCUGUUUAAGGAUUAAACGUUCAGAUUGAACUUCAUGAAAACAU